UGACGUAGGCGGUGGGGGAGAGCUCAGCCAGCCCUGCAGGGCGAGCAGUCCAGCCCUGGGCUCACCGGAGCUUAAGCGUUGCAGCAGGAAAACUUCCAUCUCGCUCUCCUGGCUUUGAUCCUCACUGGACAGCAGACCAGAGGCACCGAAGGGAGGGAGGAUGCGAGAUGACUGGCCCUUUGGCAACCUGACCAUCGACUUAGCAGAGCCUUCAAAAGCGAGCCAGGGGCUGGCUGCACGACCAAGGAGGCGCCGCGCCUCUCGUGGAUGUGUGUGUGUGAGUGAUCCAGCGAGUGUGUGUGCGUGUGAGGGUGUGUGUGUAUGCCUGUGUGCACAUCACAAUUGUGUGUGUGUCCGGGUGAGUGUGCGUGUGCACGCGUGAGUGUGUGUGUAUGUUUGCAUGUGUGUGUGAGUGCUCUUGGCUAUUAUUAUUAUUUUUGGAAGAAACAUCUUUGAAAAUCUGGGGCAGGUUACUGUGCUCCUAGGGUGAUUCUUCUUUUGCAAGAGGAGCUGACCACAGCAAGCUACUAGAGCCAUUUCUCGGCAAGUAAAGAGAUUUUUCCUCCCAGAAGGAGAAGGAUUUUUCUCCCUGCUCUGCAGCCAAGUGAAAGAGAUUAGUCCCUAAACCUGUGAAAUCGACCAGAGCUGUGUGAUUACCAGGGCUUGAGAGAGGACUCGAAAAGAAAAGGAGAAAUAAAUCAGCCUGUCAGUUCCUUUGGCCACAUCGGAAGAUGUCAUCUCAAACUAAGUUCAAGAAAGACAAAGAGAUCAUUGCUGAAUAUGAAGCCCAAAUAAAAGAGAUCCGUACGCAGCUGGUGGAGCAGUUCAAAUGUCUGGAGCAGCAAUCAGAGUCGCGACUGCAGCUGCUUCAAGACCUCCAGGAGUUUUUCCGCCGGAAAGCUGAGAUUGAGCUCGAGUACUCCCGCAGCCUGGAGAAGCUGGCUGAGCGCUUCUCCUCCAAAAUCCGCAGCUCCCGGGAGCACCAGUUCAAGAAGGACCAGUACCUCCUCUCACCUGUGAACUGUUGGUAUCUGGUUCUGCAUCAGACCCGGCGGGAGAGCCGAGACCAUGCCACCCUCAAUGACAUCUUCAUGAACAAUGUCAUCGUCCGCCUCUCCCAGAUCAGUGAGGAUGUCAUCAGACUCUUCAAAAAGAGCAAGGAGAUUGGCCUGCAGAUGCAUGAGGAGCUCCUGAAGGUGACCAAUGAGCUCUACACAGUCAUGAAAACCUACCACAUGUACCAUGCGGAGAGCAUCAGUGCAGAAAGCAAGCUGAAGGAGGCCGAGAAGCAGGAGGAGAAGCAGUUCAACAAGUCCGGAGACCUCAGCAUGAACCUGCUCCGGCACGAGGACCGGCCCCAGCGCCGCAGCUCCGUGAAGAAGAUUGAGAAGAUGAAGGAAAAGAGGCAGGCCAAGUACUCUGAGAACAAGCUGAAAUGCACAAAGGCCCGAAAUGACUACUUGCUCAAUCUGGCAGCCACCAACGCAGCUAUAAGCAAAUACUACAUCCAUGACGUCUCCGAUCUGAUCGAUUGCUGUGAUUUGGGCUUUCAUGCCAGCCUGGCCCGCACCUUCCGGACCUACCUCUCAGCUGAAUACAACCUGGAGACGUCUCGCCACGAGGGGUUGGAUGUCAUUGAGAAUGCGGUGGACAACCUGGAUUCCCGAAGCGACAAACACACAGUCAUGGACAUGUGCAACCAGGUCUUCUGCCCUCCACUCAAGUUCGAGUUCCAGCCCCACAUGGGGGAUGAGGUAUGCCAGGUCAGCGCUCAGCAGCCCGUCCAGACAGAACUGCUCAUGCGGUAUCACCAGCUGCAGUCCAGACUGGCCACCCUCAAGAUAGAGAAUGAGGAGGUUAGGAAAACCCUGGAUGCCACCAUGCAGACCUUGCAGGAUAUGCUGACAGUGGAGGACUUUGAUGUCUCUGAUGCCUUCCAACAUAGUCGAUCAACGGAGUCUGUCAAGUCCGCUGCCUCUGAGACCUACAUGAGCAAGAUCAACAUUGCCAAGAGGAGAGCCAACCAGCAGGAAACAGAAAUGUUUUAUUUUACAAAAUUUAAAGAAUAUGUGAAUGGCAGUAACCUCAUCACCAAGCUGCAGGCCAAGCACGAUUUGCUCAAGCAGACCCUGGGCGAAGGGGAGAGAGCAGAAUGCGGCACCACCAGCAGAAGAGAUGGAAGGCUUAGGCUGCCCCACUUUCCUUGGCCGAGCUGUCCCCCUGCUCCCCACUUUGUGCCCCACCCAGCACUUCAAGGAAGAAGAAAUGCUCGAACCAGGAACCAGGAUUCAGGACAAGCUAUACCACUUGUAGUCGAGAGCUGCAUCCGAUACAUCAAUUUAUAUGGACUCCAGCAGCAGGGGAUCUUCAGAGUGCCAGGUUCUCAGGUGGAAGUCAAUGACAUCAAAAAUUCCUUUGAGAGAGGUGAAGACCCCCUUGUGGACGAUCAAAAUGAACGAGAUAUCAAUUCAGUUGCUGGUGUUUUAAAACUGUAUUUCCGAGGACUGGAAAACCCACUCUUUCCUAAGGAAAGGUUUCAAGAUUUGAUAUCUACUAUUAAACUGGAGAACCCAGCUGAGAGGGUGCACCAGAUCCAGCAAAUCCUCGUCACCCUUCCCCGUGUGGUCAUCGUGGUCAUGAGAUACCUCUUCGCUUUCCUCAACCACCUCUCCCAGUAUAGCGACGAGAACAUGAUGGAUCCCUACAACCUGGCCAUCUGCUUCGGGCCUACCCUCAUGCACAUCCCCGAUGGGCAGGACCCUGUGUCCUGCCAGGCACACAUCAAUGAAGUCAUCAAAACCAUCAUCAUCCAUCAUGAAGCCAUCUUCCCCAGCCCCCGGGAGCUAGAGGGACCUGUGUAUGAAAAAUGCAUGGCUGGAGGGGAAGAAUAUUGUGACAGCCCACACAGCGAGCCAGGGACCAUCGAUGAAGUUGACCAUGACAAUGGCACUGAGCCUCAUACCAGCGAUGAAGAAGUGGAGCAGAUUGAAGCAAUUGCCAAGUUUGACUACAUGGGACGGUCCCCGCGUGAGCUGUCUUUCAAGAAAGGGGCCUCGCUGCUCCUGUACCACCGCGCCUCGGAGGACUGGUGGGAGGGCCGGCACAAUGGCGUGGAUGGACUCAUCCCCCAUCAGUACAUAGUUGUACAGGACAUGGAUGAUGCCUUCUCCGACAGCCUGAGCCAGAAGGCUGACAGCGAGGCUAGCAGUGGGCCACUGCUGGAUGACAAGGCCUCUUCCAAAAACGACCUCCAGUCCCCAACGGAGCACAUCUCGGAUUACGGCUUUGGGGGGGUGAUGGGCCGAGUGCGGUUACGAUCUGAUGGAGCGGCCAUCCCCAGACGCCGAAGUGGGGGCGACACACACAGCCCACCCCGGGGCCUGGGCCCCAGCAUAGACACACCACCCCGGGCUGCUGCCUGCCCCAGCAGCCCCCACAAAAUACCCCUCAACCGGGGGAGGAUUGAGAGCCCUGAGAAGCGGAGGAUGGCGACGUUCGGGAGCGCUGGCAGCAUCAACUACCCUGACAAGAAGGCGCUCUCCGAAGGGCACUCAAUGAGGUCGACCUGCGGUUCCACCAGGCACAGCAGCCUAGGGGACCACAAGUCCCUGGAGGCCGAGGCCCUGGCAGAAGACAUCGAGAAGACCAUGAGCACAGCUCUGCACGAGUUGCGGGAACUCGAGAGGCAGAACACGGUCAAGCAGGCGCCAGAUGUGGUGCUGGACACCCUGGAGCCCCUGAAGAACCCCCCAGGCCCCAUCAGCUCGGAGCCCGCCAGCCCCCUUCACACCAUCGUCAUCCGCGACCCUGAUGCUGCCAUGCGCCGCAGCAGCAGCUCCUCCACCGAGAUGAUGACCACCUUCAAGCCAGCCCUGUCCGCCCGCCUGGCCGGCGCCCAGCUGCGCCCGCCUCCCAUGCGGCCCGUGCGGCCGGUGGUCCAGCACCGGUCCAGCAGCAGCAGCAGCUCAGGCGUGGGCAGCCCAGCCGUGACGCCCACCGAGAAGAUGUUCCCCAACAGCUCAGCGGACAAGUCGGGCACCAUGUGACCUGCAGGAUGGGCCGCCCCGUCAUGGCCCACUGUGGCUCGCCACGGCCCAGGGUGGCCUCGGUGGCUUCCACGUGCUUCCCGGUGACCCUGGCCUUGGAGGGCAGAGGUCAGCCUGGGAGGGUGUGUCUGUGCAGAGCUGAGGUAGGCGCUGGCUGCAGCUCACGUCCAGCCAUGGGAAUCCCACAGACCUCUCGCGUGUCCGCAGACGUCCAGAGGAGUGCCGGAGCUCCGGCAGCCCCAACCACAGCAUCUCCUAACAUCGAGGCGACAUGCGAGUGGCUUCUCCCGCAUAUCCUCACUGGAAACUUCUCUCGACAUUCUGUCUACAUACCUAUAUGUGUGUGUAUAUCGACGUGUGCAUAUAUACACAUGUAUAUGUAUGUAUGUGUCUGUAGGUGUGUGUAUAUAUAUAUAUUUAUGCAUCUAUAUACAUAUACUAGAUCUGGACACACACAUACUAAGUGUAUAUAGUAUCUCCUUUUUCUUUUUAUGAAACUUAGAUUUACCUCAGACCCAUGCCACCAAACAUCUCCCGCCGAGUUAUUUGGUGGGAUUUGCAGGGACUUUUCUGGGAGAACUUAGAGGCCCAUAGUAACUGCGAAUGAAGCAAUAUACCACUAACCUGCAGAAAAACACAAACAAAAACAGUCUCCCACUGUCUCCAGAAGUCGUGGCCUUCCAGAACAGCCUGCCCCUCAAGGAAGGGUGGGGCAGGCAGUACUCCCAAGCAGGCUGCUCCCAGAGGUGGGGAACCCUUCAUAGAAAAUCCCCACCCCCAUCCACCCCAGAGACCCUGCCCUUCCACCCGGAGGCCAAAGGCCAACUGUACCCCCGAAGGCACGGGAGAAAGUUGGCGAGAAGACCCCUGACCACCACAUCCUUGUGUUUGUGUGUAGAGGCAGGGGGUAGUGAGAACCUCAGCCCCAUCGUAGCACAGUAUUACAUGUGGUUGGGAAAAAGGGAAAAAUAAAAAUACAGUGGUGUGGAAUACUUCAAAACCUAGAAACGCUGUAGGAAUAAAUCUGUGGCAACUAUAGAGGUUUAACUUA